AGACAACUGGCAGUCUUCUAAUUAUGACGAUAAAUUUUAUCGAUUCGUUCAGCAUAAUCGAUAGACCAGGAAGUAUGGAUUAGGAACGGUUCUCGGAAGAGAGAGAGAGGUAUGUGUUUUCAUGGACCUUGCAGUAAAGGAAUUAUCUAAACAGAGUAGACGUUACGGUUGGAAUUUCAUGCAGAAUAUAGCGCCACAUUUACACCAAUGAAUCAAACAACCAAGGCAAGAGAAUGACCGUGACGGGGGAACUAGCCGCUUCUAUAGACACGUUCUGUGAUUCGCCCAAAGGAAAUCGAGCUUGCUUCUUUAUCACAAUCCUCGCAUGCUUUCUCCAUACCUUCCUGUCCUAUGGCACAGACAACUGGGUGGAACUGUCAGAGGGACCAACAGAGAGCAACCAAGGACUCUGGAACCACUGUAGCAAGACCAUCAGUAACACAGACAUUACUUGCAGCCAAUCAGUCACCAAUUUUCUGGAGUAUAGUAAUCAAGGCGUACCAGCAUGGCUUCAUGCCACACGAUUUUUUCAAAGUGCUGGUCUCCUAAUGUCUCUGACUUCUGUUGUGUCGUCAAUUUUCUGUACGUUCGUUAGGAAAACCUUCAAAAAGAGGGACGCGCAAGUUGCUGCGGCGGUGAUGAAUUUUGUUGCAGCUGGCAGUAUGUUAAUAGGAAGCAGUAUUUACGGUGGCCAAUACCGAUAUGUAACUUGGCUGAAGGGCUUCUAUCUGUCCUGGUCUUUUGCUUUCUCAAUUUUAGCCGGAGUUGCUCAUUUGGUCGCUGGAUCUAUAUAUAUGUUUGCCCCUGCGGAUUUAGCCUCCAUUCAACCAACAUCAAACCAACCUCAUCCACCCGGUGCAAAUGUGAACAACCAUAAUGCGUGUAGAGCAGAACCUUCAGCCCCUCCUCCUGAUCCGGCUUACUAUAUUCCACCGCCUGGUGGUGGAUAUCAUCCACAAUAUCCGCCCAGCAGCUCCACCAAUCCACCAUAUCCUCCCAGCAACACCAGUCCACAAUAUCCUGCAAGCACCAGUCAACGACAUCCACUGAACAGUGGUCAAAAUCCCUCGUCCACCCAGAAUGCUGGAAAUGAUACCCAAAACGACAACGAUACCUGCGUUGUUUGUUUGGACCGUCGUUCGGCAAUUUUACUUCGACCAUGCAAUCAUUUCAAUUUAUGUGAAGUAUGUUCCAGGUCCCUGAAUCAAUGCCCAACAUGCCGGGGUGCUAUCCAAGAUAAAAUAAAACCAUUCCGGUAGCAUACAUAUAUAUUGUUUACGUAAGUCACCGCUCAUUGCGUCAUUUACUAGUAUUACCUGUGAAGUUUUACACGUACAUGUAUUUGUAAACGUUUGAGUGUUCGGUAUGGAUUUCGAUUUUUUUUCCAGAAAAAGAAGUGUUUGGUUCCUAAGGAGGAUUUUGGUUCCUAUGGGUUAACCCAAUUUCGGUAACUUUACAACGCGAGUUCAUGUUUUUAAAGAAAUAUUCAGAAAAUUCCCCCUUCAUAACCCCUUCUCUGCGCAUGAGGUUGGUUUACAAAUAAAGCUACCGUCCGGAACAGUUAAAAAAAACCUCAUAGCUACUACUUCACAUUUUCUAUGGUUAAAUUUUUACUUUUACGUAGCAAAAAAAAAAAAAUCAAUAACUUCAUUUUGAAUUUUGAAUUAUAAUAGCAUUUCGAUUCAGUAGAACUUCAUAAUUUUUUAAAGGCGUUAGAUUGGCAACUGACGUUGAAUGAUAGUUACAAUGCUUUCAACAAAAAUGGUCCGCUUGGAAAGACAUGUUAACUUAUAAGAUUGAGAAAAAAUGUAAGCGAUCAUAUGGUGUUAUACCUUACUUAUUCGUCUUGUGCAUUUUUAUUGGAUUAAUCCUUAACUGACAAAGAGUUUAAAUUAUCAUUGCAUAAUUUUUAUUUUAUUUCUUUUGUUAAUUUCCUUUUUCGAUUUCUUUACCGAACCAAAAACGUCAUAUCGUGUUGGCGUUCAGACAGCUAUAUACGCUCCUGAUCAAAUUGGAAUAGAAUAUAUGAAUGUCAUGUUUUAGAAUAUGAGUGGUAUGUUCUCGAAUGUAAAAAUUAUCGCAUUUGAAUGCACAUUUUAAAUAAGAAUGACAUUUCAUUGGAAUGAUAUCUUUUCUAAUAACAACUUUUCGAGGUUUUGGAAUAUGACUAACAAGAUCGUAUAAUACUGGAGCAUUUUCCACGUAUAAGUUUUUGUAUAUACAUGUAUAUAAUACUCCUGGUAUCACGGACAUUCAACGAACAAAAAUAUAGUCAUACCAGAACUUUUAUAUUUACUCUUAAGUUGAACGCAGAGGUAAAGUCAUUCUAGUUUCACUUGAGUGGAAUGACUCAUUACGGGUCAUUUGUCCAUGUGAAAAAUAAAGCACGUGAAUGGGAUGCUGACGACACAGAGAGUGCAUCACUAGUAGAAGCUGUAAAGAUUAGUGGACUACUUGCUUGCUCGUGGGUAUCCUCCACAAAUGAUGACAGCUAGUGUGAUGAAAGCGGCUGAAAGAAAGUUUGAACAAGGUUUUACUAAGUGAUUAAGAGAAAAAUUCAAUAAACAACAGGCAUUUUGGAUAUCAAAGUUCGAUGACGAAAAAAGUGGAAAACCGAAUCUUGAUUUAUUGAAAAGUAGAUAAGGACAGAGCCAUAAAUUAAACAUAUAAUGACGAUUUGCAUGUUUUGGUU